AUGCCAUUCUUUUCCAAGCCAGUAGGCGCGCUAUGCGGCCUACUUUUCCUUCUUCAGCUCAUCACCUUCGCCGCAGCUAUCAAGAUUGAUUCGCACAGCUGCACCGGAGCAUACAAGUCGCAAGUCGACAAUGCAUUAGAGGAGGUCGAAGCUAUGGUCACAUAUGCUGAAAAGCGUGCUGCUCCUAAGUCGCAGUACAAGCGCCAGGGGACCUUGCUUCAGGACCUCCUCCAUGCGUCCAACGAGGAUGAUGUAUUCGUGCUGAGGAAGGUUCAAGCCACGUUCAAUGAAGUACGAAGCACACUUCGCAGAAACGAUAUCGUCAUCCACUGCAACGACAAGCACUUGACCAAGUCCUCAAAGACAGUCUACUUCGAUAACAGCAAUGGAAGGCAGGCCAGGGUGCAAGUGCUAGACUCGGCGAAGCGCAGCAGCGCGCUCGGUGCAUGUGGAGGCAUCCAGCGAGCUUUCGCCUAUCCCUUCUUCGACGCGAAGACGCACAAACCGGGCGGCGAGGCUAUUGUGCUCUGUUCUGACUCAUCAGUUGGUGCUCUCAAGGCCGCAGAUAGCAGUAAGGACGUUGAAUUCUGGCGGAAUAAAGAUCUUCGCAGCGUUGCUCAAGGGAUCGACAUGUUCGGGAGAUACUUGUCCUAUAUGAUCUUGCAUGAGCUGAUGCACGCGACCGAUCAAAAGUCCUUCCCCGUCAACCCAGGAGGCCAAGCCGAGAAGUAUGGCUAUGAGGAAAUCACAGGUCACAAAGUCGGCACCACUGGCCACGGUGGCCCUUCAUCGCUCGUCCGUCUGCAAAACGCCGAUUCGUAUGCUCUCCUUGCUUGCGGGUGGUACAUGAACGCCUACAACAUCGAUAAUGGUAAAUUCGUUCUUACCGCUAAGAAGGACCGUCCGCCAGUCAGCCUCCGUCGACGCUUCCCUGAACUAGACGCCCGCGAACCGAAGAGCAAGCCGAAGCCGAAAACAAGCAAGGUGGAAGAUGAUCCCCCGGCUGCGACUAGCAAAGCAGCAGCACCAUCGACUCAAGCUCCUCCAGCUUCAAGCCAGGCCCCGCCGCCAUCGAGUAAGGCCAGCUCCGUCUUGCCCAUCACUACUCAUUCCUCCGCUCCCAUCACGUCAGCAACACCUUCAGGCUCGCGAACAAGCUCCCUCUCCACUCGAUCCUCAUCCACUUCCUCCUGGCUGCCACCACUCGUGACCGCCGCCGGAGACGUCGCGGCCAAGUUUCCCGUGCUUCUUCCCCUGGCCAUCCCAAUCGUACUCCUUCCCGACUUUGACUUCGGCAACGGAACAAGCUCAAAUGGUACGCUUCCCAUCAGCGGUACGGGGACCGGCGUGCCAGUUCCUACCGGCGGACCUUUCUCUGCGAUUCCUACGAAUUGGAAUUCGACGAUGACGAUUACGAGUCUGGCGGGGACUGGGACUGGGUUGGCGAUACAGCCUUCUGGAUUCCUUACGGUUACGACGUCGUGCACGGAGUCGUGA